AUGGACCACAUGGAGCUGGAGAGAGAGAAAGGCAUCACGAUCACCUCAGCAGCGACCUACUGCUCUUGGAGAGCGGACGAUCAGGACUUCCACAUGAACUUGAUUGACACCCCUGGCCACGUGGAUUUCACCAUUGAGGUGGAACGGGCUUUGCGUGUCUUAGAUGGAGCCGUCCUGAUUUGUUGUGGUGUGGGGGGUGUCCAGAGCCAGACCAUCACAGUGGAUAGACAGAUGAAGCGAUAUGAGGUGCCUCGUGUGGUCUUCAUCAACAAGCUUGAUCGCUAUGGCUCUGAUCCAUUCCAUGUCCUUGGACAGAUUCGUCAGAAGCUUGGUCUUACCUGCCAACCGCUGCAGCUGCCCAUUGGAGAGGAGGACAAUUUCAUAGGCACAUGUUUGAUUGAGAGUACAAGAGUGCAAGCUUCUUCGAAGGCAAAGAUGGAAUCAGUCGAAAAUUUGCUGAAAUUCCAGAAGCCAUGA